AUGAACGUCAGCCGCCAACUUCACGACAGUCAGCGAGUAAAAACAGCGGUGUCAAACUGUGCGCUAGUUAGCUCGUGGUUUAGUUUCGGUGGCGCCCGCGGCCGGCCCGGUACCGUCUCACGCCCUCCGACUGACAUUGGACCGAACUCGCAAACAAUCCACGAACCAAUGUGCAUUUAAUCACACAACAAUUAAUGAAACAAAAUGUGCCGAAUCCAGUUUCUGCUAGCAGUCGCCGCUGUGACUAUAAACGUAGCUCAAUCGUGGGAUUUAGCCGUAACGAAUAAGGACCAAAUAGAAUUCUACACAAAUGGCACGAAGGUAGCUCAGGGCUACAAGUUCGGGGAGCUAACAGCCUUAGCCUACGACGCCGUCCACAACAUGCUUCUCUUCGUGGACAGACAGAACGACAACGCUUCCAUAUUUAGCUAUCACCUAGCCACUAAGAAAUAUCAGCCUUUAGUUAGAAAGAGAUACCUAUAUGAGAACAUUCAAGGGUUAGCGUUUGAUCCAGUGACGAGCAAACUGUUCUGGACGGAUGCUAGAGAUAGAAGCAUCUACUGGAUCUCGCUCGCUCCAGGGUCCAAGAAUGAUGUUUACGGCAACCUACUGAUAAAAAUGGACGAUGAAAUACCGAGAGCUAUUGCUGUUGAUAGCUGUAGAGGAUACAUCUACUGGUCCAACACCAACAUAACAAACCCUACAAUCGAACGUGCGCGCUUCGACGGUUCGGAAAGGAAGGUGAUGAUCAACAACACCAACCUACUCUACAUGCCGGUGAGCAUCGCCAUCGACCAGCACUCCCGCCGCAUGUACUGGGCCGACGACAAGGAGGGCAUCCACUUCUCCAUAGAGAGUUCAGACCUCGACGGCAAAGACGUCCAAGUAGAACUAGCCGGACAACAUCACCAGCCCAACAGCUUAGCCCUAUCCAAAGACACCAUCUACUGGAUAGACUGGGGAUCGAAAAUCAUGUGGAAGCUCCCCAAACAUGGAGACAGGGAAACGGAACCAAAGGAAGUAGCCAUGUUCGAUGAUGAGACACCUUUCGGCAUCGUUGCUAAUUACAAAAUUGAAGAUCAGACCAGAGACGUCCCAGAAUGCGAUAAGUUAGCUAAAUUGAUGGCGAACCGAACGGCAAUAAAUGACACUUUUACACCAGUGCCUAAGAGAGAAGGACUUUACUGCUUGCACGGGGAGGUUUUGAAUGGGAAGAUGGCAUGCAAAUGUACUGUUGGGUACUUCGGUCCACGAUGUGAGUCGUCGGUCUGUCAAAACUACUGCUUGCAAGGUGACUGUAGCGUCACAAGUGAUGGGCAGCCAACUUGCAGAUGUAAAGACGGUUUCUCUGGCGAGCGGUGUGAAGUAAAUGUGUGUGAGAACUACUGCCUGAAUGAUGCGACCUGCCGCCUCAAUGCUGAGACUAAAUUACCACAAUGCUCGUGUCUGGGAGACUACGAGGGCACCCGGUGUGAAGUGAUGAAGAUUGCUGUCACUGAGACGCCUGUGAAACCCGAAGUUCCUUGCAACUGUACAAACGACUCAAACGGAACGAAAGCAUCGGCAGCUGCAUCAUCAGAGGCUCAGUCGAAUGACGGUAUCAUCGGUGACUCCUGUGAUGCCUGGGACCCGGUCCGGGACCCCAUCAUGAUGGUCCUGGGCAUCCUGUGCGGAGCCCUGUGCGUGGCGUGCGCUGUUCUCAUCACCAAGAUACUACACUUGAAGAAACGACCAAGGAUAAAGAAGCGAAUCAUUGUGAACAAAAACGUAACACCAUUGACUGCACGGCCCGACCAGUGUGAGAUAACUAUUGAGAAUUGCUGUAACAUGAACAUUUGUGAAACCGAUGAAUGCCGACUUGAGCAGGCCAUCAUGCAAUCAGUAUAGCGCAUCACCUAAGCCAUGUUUCGAGCCAAGGUCGACGAUACGACCAACUCUACUAGACGCUAAGCCCGGUAAGGAAGAAAAGAGGAACCUUAUUGCAAAUAUGGAACAACCGGAUGAUUUCUAAUAUAAACUUCUGUUUAGGAAUAAAAUGUACAAUAAUUUUUGGCAGAAAUCCAAAGGAAUAUUGUGAUAUUUGAUAUAGGAAUGCGUUUCAAUGGCUAAAUUUUAUUAGCAUUUCAACGCUCGGCUGUGUUGGGUAGGGGCUUAAGAGGGUAUGGGCAUUUGUCAACACUGUUUUAUUUAGGGGUUCAGAAUCAGUUACUCUAGAAGAAUGAUAAUUCAGUUUUAGAAUCGAUCACAGAUAAGAACCACUUAGAUCACGUAUUUAAUAUAUUCAAUAGAACAGUGUUAACAAAAGUCCUUUGCGAUUGAUAGAAAUAGAGAUUGAUUACUUGGAGUGAUUAAUAACAAUUUUAAAUCUUCGGUGGAAUUGUAAAAACAAUGAAUAAGUCAUAGGGCCGGAGCAGUAGCGAUCAAUAGCUUACAUUAUUUAAGUACAUGCUUGUGUUUGGUUCGAGUCAGUGGGGAAUGAAGAACAUUUGCCUUUCCAGCAAUCAGCUGAUCCUUAUAAGCGCCUUUUUAGAAGCAAUAUUGUAAAAACAUUCAUUAAGUUUGAUAGAGGGGGAACAUAUUUUCCAAAGCCUUUAGAUGUUUUGAUACUGUACAAAUGAAAGAAAUCAAUGAAGUUGGCUUAAACUACUUAAAUUGGCUGUAAUCUGUUGUCAUAAAAUCAUGUGUUUUGAUUUAUUUUAUUCAAAUGACUUUUUAUUAUUAUUUUCGUGUGUAGGUAUUUUGUGUUCUUAUCAUGUUUUUCAUAUCAUAAACAAAAUGUACAGUUGUGGACAAACGGUAGAGCUUGUGUUUGAAUGUUUUUGAGCAUGUGACAUUUCUUUAGUCUUCUGACAUGCCAGUGCAUGCUUUUACUUAAUUUAGAUCAUAUAAAUUUGAUUUUGUCCAUAUCUGUUUAAAAAUGUGUUCUUCCAUGAUGCAUGAAGGAGUUUCGAUAAAAAAAGACUUGUUAACUAUUUUUAAACAUAAUGGGAGUGAGAGAUACUAUGUAGAUAUAAACAUAUUAUAUCAGACUAUUUUAUAUUCAGUGAGCAAAUGGUUGUUAUUUUAAUUUCGAUGCCUCAAAUUCCAUUUGCAAGGUGCGUAAGAUAUUUGGUGAAAAUGUUUAAGUUUAUUUAAGUAAAUCAUUAUGUUCCUAGUAGGUAAUUAUGAAAUGUGCUAAAUUAUAUUUAUUUAUUAUGCGAACUAACAGUUCAGACUUCUGUUACGUAGAAUCUCAGUUACUUAACAUUGAUUGUUUGACAUUUAAUUUUAACAGUUAUUUUUAUAGUAAAGUCAGCUGCAGAUACAUUAUAACAUCUAUCAAUAUGUGACGUGAAUCUGUAGUGAACUGUACUUUUCUGAUUAUAUCCGUAACUCGCCAAUUGACAUCCAAAAUUAUCAAUACAUUUAUAAUUACGUAGUUUGAAAUUGAAUGCAGUGGGGCAUGCAGGUGUUAUUUGCCUUAAUACUUAAUUUCAUAGUACUUAGCAAUAGAUAGGAAACUUUUUGAUUUUAUUACAAAAUAAUUAAAAAUUAUAUCUACAUUUUCUAUCAUAAUAUCUAUUCAUAAGUAAAUCUGAAAUCCAUCAAGACCGGAGAAUAAUAAACAUUAAUUAUUUUGUAAUAAAGCCAAGUUGACAGUAACAAUUUAUUAGUACUUAGUUACCAUAGUCGUGGAUUGAUAAUAUCCACAUCAGAAAUGUGAUAUUAUUAAAUCUUUGUAUAAGAUAUUAAUUAGUUUUUAAAUUUUAAUAAAAAAUAAAAUGCAUUGCACUUUA